UCAUCCUCUAACUCCUCAUCCAUUCCCCUUCACUCCUUUUCAUCUCUUUUCCUUUAGUCUUUUUCUCAUUGCGUUUGUUUCGAAAGAAAGAAAUAAUGGCAAUGUUGCGUUUGAGUGUAGUAGCUUGCACUCUGUCUUUGACGUGCUUAAUGUGGAUGGCGGAAGCAAGAAUCCCUGGAGUUUACACUGGCGGUGAAUGGCAAGGUGCCCAUGCUACCUUUUACGGUGGCUCUGAUGCUUCAGGCACAAUGGGAGGAGCAUGUGGGUAUGGUAAUUUAUACAGCCAAGGCUACGGCGUGAACACGGCGGCGCUAAGCACGGCACUUUUUAACAAUGGGUUCAGCUGUGGUGCAUGCUUCGAGAUCAAGUGUGCAAGUGAGCCAAAAUGGUGCCAUUCGGGCAGUCCUUCCAUUUUCAUUACUGCUACAAACUUUUGCCCACCAAAUUACGCCCUACCAAGCGACAAUGGAGGAUGGUGCAACCCUCCCCGCCCACAUUUUGACCUUGCUAUGCCCAUGUUUCUCAAGAUUGCUGAGUACCGUGCCGGUAUCGUCCCAGUUUCAUACCGCCGCGUGCCGUGCCGGAAGAGGGGAGGCAUCAGAUUCACAAUCAACGGUUUCCGUUACUUCAACUUGGUUUUGGUCACCAACGUGGCGGGUGCAGGAGACAUCGUGAAGGUGAGCGUUAAAGGAACAAGGACGGGGUGGAUGACCAUGAGCCGUAACUGGGGUCAAAAUUGGCAGUCAAACGCCGUUUUGGUCGGUCAAGCGCUUUCCUUUAGAGUUAGGGCAAGUGACAGACGUAGCUCCACUUCAUGGAACAUUGCUCCGUCCAACUGGCAAUUCGGUCAAACAUUCGUCGGAAAGAACUUCAGAGUUUAAUUAACAAACUUUAAAGUGCAUCAACUAAUUAAUCUUUCCCCGCCAAUUUUUCAGAUCAAUUUUUUUUUCCUUAAUAUAUUUUGACUUGAUGGGUGUGGAAAAAUGUGAAAUGUUAAGAGGAAAAUUGCCAGGAAUUUUGUUGGGUAAAGAGUGAACUUUAUUGAAUUUUGAUUUAUGACUUUAGUAAUCGGUGGGUCAAUGACCCAAUGGGUCUGUGGUAUGUUUGAGUGGUGAAUUGAAGAGAAAGAAAUAGGGAAAUUUAGGAGAGGCUGAAGUGACUGCAAAUGUGGCCCGCAGCGUUAGUUUUAUAUAUAUGUUACUAGUUUGCUUAUAUGAAUGUAAGUGUAUUAUGAUAGUAAUUUUAAUAUUA